GUCCGGCGCGUCAAAGCUACUGGGCACAGCUGACAGCUCGCAGAGGCGCACACACCUACUGGACACUGUACACCUCAGCAACACCACAUUCUCCUGACCGGGCCGCACGGAGGUGCAUGGCCCCAUCCCCUUGUGUCGCGAUGAAUCCUGUGCAGGGGUCGCCGUCCCAAGACGCCAAACAGCUUCAUCCAAAAGAGGAGACGGACACGGAGGGAGAGGAACUCCAGCCCAAAGACAUGACCACAGAGAAAGGAUAUAAAGUGCAGCGGAGCAGCCUCCCGUUUAGCGUCGAGUCGUUGAUUUCCAAGAAGACCACCUGUCGGACUUCUAAUUACCCCCCCUCAGAGUUAGCCCUGGUGCUGCCCAAGCCCGUCACCGUGGCGGCGCAGGGCGCACCGUUCUCCCCAAGGACUUUUUACGCGGAGAGCAAGGUUGCCGCGGAGAGCUCACAGGGUGUUUCCAGUUCCAGCGAAGACAGUCCGCAGUUUUGUGAGAAAGAUCAGAGCACUUGGUUCCAGACGUCCUCCUUUUCUACUCCUCCUCCAGGCAGCUCAAGUCCAACACAGUGUACUUUAAGGAAACACAAAAACAACAGGAAACCUCGCACGCCCUUCACUACCUCGCAGCUGCUGGCGCUGGAGCGCAAGUUUCGGCAGAAGCAGUACCUCUCCAUCGCCGAGAGAGCCGAGUUCUCCAACUCCCUCAACCUGACGGAGACUCAGGUGAAGAUCUGGUUCCAGAACAGGAGAGCCAAAGCUAAGAGACUGCAGGAGGCCGAACUGGAGAAGUAUAAACUGGCCUCCAAGCCUGUUCUCCCCGCAUUCGCACUGCCGUUUCCCAUUGGAGCGCACAUGGCUUCUCCAGCAUGGGCCCCGUCAAACGCCUUCCCGAGGCCCAGUCUGCCCGUCCCAGGACUCUUCAGUGGACCCGUCACUUAUGGAAUGUACUAUUUGUCUUAGUAUCCUCGUGUGUGCGUAUGUGUGUGUGUGUGUGUGUGUGUGUGUGUGUGUGCGUAUUCGGGGGUAAUUGUGUCCUCCGGUUGCUAUACGCGCAUCAAGAUGGUGCGUCUUUAAUAUCUUGGAGAUCAUUACUAUAUAUUUUUUUUUCAAAUUUUGGAUUUUAAAUAAAAAAGGUUUUUUUAUAUAUAUAAAAUCCCGAAUUUAUGAGCCUUGCAAUUUGGCACAUGUUUGUGAUGGUGUCAAGUGCUGCGGCUUGUGGAUUCAGGAGAUAAUCCAAAUGUAAAAUGUCAGGUUCUCAAAAGACGACAUGCCUUCAACAUCUCACCGCAGUUCAUCCACCCCACGAUAGUUUGUGAAAGUGGACAUUUAAAGUGUGGCCACACAUAAAUGCGGGAUUCUACUGAAUGCAACGGAAAAGUACUUAAUCUGUGUCAGUGCCUUAAGAGCAGUGUAUCUCUUCAACCUCUCUCUCAUCAUACAGCAGUGUUGACAGUUUUCUCCCAUCAUUGCUGUUUGAAUGUCACAUUUUCUACAGGCUAUUUUUUUUAAACGCGGAGCAGAAUUAUAUUUUAGAAGACACUUGUAUUAGAUCUUUAAUAAAACUCCCAACGAGGCCUUUUUUCUGGGAGAAAUUAUAGAUUUUUCUUUGGGGGAAUUUUGCUGUUAAUGUAAAUAUUAAAAAUGUGUAGUGUUCAUAAAGCCUUGCAGUCUCGCUUGAAGAGCAGCAGGGAAAGUGGUAUUUAUUGAAUAUCUUUGUAUCUGUACUGUGUACAUACAUCACUCUAUAUUAAAAAAAAUGUUCAGUUACUUGUAAAGACUGAUUUUAGAAAAUAAACAUUAUACAAUGUCUGAAA